UGUUCUGGGCUACUGUUGUGCAGCACUUUGCAACCGACGAAAUUUAUUAUUAUUUGUUGCCCAUUUGGAUCCUGUUAAGAAUAAUGCCAUGUCAUCCAUCCGAAGGAUUGAGGACGCGGCGAUGGAGCAGGAGCAGCACGUGGAGCAGGCCAUCUCCACGGAGUGCACCUCCCAAGAACUCUUUUUCUACUGUGAAAGCUGCGGCAAGGUUUACGAGGACAGCGAGUCCUUUAAUCGGGACCACACUGUAGGGCAGUCCAGCUGCUGUGGCGUCGUCCACAAAGAGGAGGAGGAGUUAAUAGAGGAAGCAACAGUGGAAGAUGCGGGCGAGGAAAUCGUGGAAGCCGAUGUGCCUCUUUGGGAAGUGGUAGAUUUGCCAACGACUAGCGCCAUGACGGAGCCGGACGAGUCCGACCCCAGCCAAUCGGAGCGCUAUUUCUGCUACGACUGCCAUAGCAUUUUUGAAAACAGGACCAGUGCCGAGGACCAUGUGUGUCCGCGUGUCGAGUUGAGCAGUUCAUCGGGCCCACAGCUAAGUGCGGCCGGUGCCCCCAAGCCAGCCAUCCGCCGAAAGGUGUCCAGCGCCAGUGCCAAAGCAGGUGCAACGGGAACGUCUUCCAUCAGCUGUGAUAUUUGCAACACCGUGUUUAGCUCGACAAAGUUUCUCAAAUUCCACAUGCGCAUCCACGAAAAGCGCGGUUCCAAGAGUAUUCAAGAUGCUUUACCCGUGGGGGCCCACCAACAGUACAGCGAGCUGGAUCAGUUCUAUUGCGAGAUAUGCAACAAGAGCUUUGACGAAAACUUACUGACAGUGCACAAGCAGAUGCACCAGAAGGUGGACGAGGCAAUCAGUUGCAAAAUCUGUAACCGAAAGUUUGAAGAUUCGGUUACCUACCAGAUGCACCUAAAGAUUCACGAGAAACCCCGAACCGUCGAUGCUAUGAAAAAAUCGUCUGCUCGCUCAAAUGGCAGCAGCGACAAGGAAAGGGGCUUUGCCUGCCAGUUCUGUGAGCGAGUGUUUGCCCGUCCAUAUGAGAAAGUCAAGCACGAACGGGUGCAUACUGGUGAGAAGCCCUACGCCUGCGAGGUGUGCGGCAAAACUUUCCGCGUGUCCUAUUCGCUGACGCUGCACCUGCGGACCCAUACGGAUAUUCGCCCAUAUGUUUGCACAGUUUGCAACAAACGAUUCAAGUCCCACCAAGUAUACUCACAUCACCUGCGAAUUCAUAGUUCGGAGCGCGAAUUCGCCUGCGAUGUGUGCUCAAAGACCUUCCGUACCUCCGUUCAGCUCUACGCGCACAAAAAUACUCAUACCAAGCCAUACCAAUGCGCUGUAUGCAACCGACCGUUUUCUUCUAUGUACGCCGUAAGGUGUCACAUGCAAACGCACCAAGAGGAGAAGGGAAACAAGUCUUCAGGAGCCAAGAGCUCGACCUCCUCCAAAACCAUGCCGCCAGGAAAGUUCUGGUGCAAGAUCUGCGGAGCUGAGUACGCGCGCGUCUUUGCGCUGCGUCUGCACAUGAAGUCGGCCCACGGCUUAUCAGAGGAUACAGAUCAGCCCCAGGAAGAAGCGCCUGAUGGGCCGCACAUGUCUGAGACUGAGGAUUCGGAGACGGCGGUGCUGAUAGCAGCUGCAGAGGCAGAUGCCGCGUAUAUAAGUUCUGUGGUAAACGAUGUCGACGUGGAUGGUUCCGUGCCAUCCUACCAGGAGGGCGUUGAGUUUGUUGUGGACAACUUUCACAGCGAGGAAAUCAUAACGGAUUGGCUAAAGUAACACCGCGAAAUAAAUGAGAAGCAGCCAAGAAAACCUCCAACAUGCAUCUUAUUCCCAAUUCCCAAACUGCCGAAUGAGACUAGUUUCGUCUAGGUUAGUAAUUUAACUUUAUUCGGAAAUAUAACUGGCGGGUAACAAGUAAAUAUAUUGCUGGCGUAUAUUGAGACCAGACCGUUGUAAUGGUUGAUAAAUUAUAAAAUGUUUAAGUUUUUACUACUAAAUGUAUAUUUUUAGACUAAUAAAACAUGUGCCUGAUGUGCA